AUGGGCGGGCUAUCUCCCAAACCCGGUGACAGUGACAGUGAUAGUGACACAAGUCAGCGCCGCCGGUGCCAAAAAGGCGCCACCAAAGUCGUCGAGUUCCUCCACUACAAAACCGACGGUAGUUUGAAGAAGGGCAAUAUCCAGAGCCUAUCUGACACUGAGCUCAUUAAGAAACAACACCUAACACGUACCGCAGUGGCAUCAUCGGUUACUGGGGUGAGCGCGGGCUCCAUCAUCUCCGUGGCCUGCCCGGUGGCUGCUGUUGGCGUAGGCAUCAGCGCAUGGACAAUGGCCGUUUCAUGUAUCAACCGUCAUCGGGUUCGUCAAGAAGUCAAGCAGCGAGCGAGGAGCAACGCCGACUUUGCAAAGACUCUCCGUGAACAAGAUCGGAAUCGGAAAAAGGCCCGCGACAUUGCCGUAGGCGUGAGUCUUCGCGGGGCCCUUUCCGUUAGCACGAUGGGCAUUGUGGGCUUCGACACAAUAGCACAGAACUUCGCCGACCUAGGAAGCGCAACUAUUGGGAGUACAGCGGCCGCCGCAACCGACGCUACAAGCAAUGCAGCAGUGCAAUCAGUAUCGCACGGCGCCACUCACGUGGCCUCGCACGCAGCUGUACACGCGACUGGAGAAGCAAUCGACCCGCCCGAUGUAUCCGAUUCCCCGGCCACGAUCUACCAGAAUUUCAAGGUGGAGCACCCUAACGCCGCGGUACUCGACGCAUCAUUCCACAAGGUAACAUCGGGCAUUGCUGACAAGACCGCGGAGGUCAUAAGCAGCCAGACGGGUCUGCAGAUCACUGGCGACAGCAAUCUACACGAGAUACAGGAUGUCUGGCAUGCGCAUGAUGGAGAUGCAGAGGCUAAGCUGAUUUUGCUUGCUCAGGGGGUGAUUGAUGGCGGCAUGUCUGAAAUGGCGCAGCCGCUGCAGCAAGCCAGCGAGUACGGCGUGGAAAAGGCACGCGUGUGGCACUGGAAUUGGAACACCAAUCAGUACGAGAAGCUUGAAGACAUGUAG